UCUGAUGGCAAUCACAGCACUGAAGAUGAGUCCAGCAAGGGUCAAGACGACAUGUCGCCUCGUCCAUUGUCGAAUCCAUCUGAUGGAAUGAACCACUCCAAUGUCCAUAGCCCUCCAGAAGGCAUGUUCAUGCAUCAUAUAGGGGAACUGAAGCCCUCCCAGAAUUCCUCUGGCAUACUACUGAAUGGAAACCUUGUAACUACAAAUGGCUCUCCUGUGUUUUACAGUGGAAGUUCUUUCAUUCAAGGUCCUAAUGGAGUCCUUGUUAAUGGAUUGUCUUUAGGAAAUGCCCAGACAAUAAGUUUAAGUCCAAUAGGAACCACUUCCAGCGUGUUGGUUAAUGGUAUCUCAAAUGGCUCUGCUGGUGGCAAUGAACUUAAAACUGAAAGUGUACACAUGCUUACUUCUGAAGAAGCAGUAUCUUCAGGAUCUGCUGAAAUUAGUAGAGGCCCACCCCAAGUAAACCAGUAUAGUCUCGUGCAACUCCAAAAUACAGAAAAUAACAUUCAACUGGUAAAUGGAAAUAUUGGGUUACCUCCACUUCAGCUGCCUUCUGUUUCUGCUGCAUCAUCACAGGGAAACAUUUUGAUAACAAACACAUCAGAUGGAGGAACAUUCCUAAGUGGUACAGCAGCCAGUCUUCAGCAAGGUAAGGUCUUCUUGGCCGCUACACUCCCACCGAAUGCAGUAAUGUGCACGUUACCUAAUUCAGGGCAGGCUGUGGCACCAGUAAAGCAGGAUGCAUUGGAAGGGGGUCUUGUUUUUCCUCAGUUGAUGUCAGUGAGUGGAAGCAAUCAAAUGAAUAUUAACACAUCUCCUGGGAACCAAUCUGGAAAUACUCUACAAACUCAAACCUCAACGCUGGUGAACACAGGGCUGCCUCAAAAUCUGCCUUUGACUUCGUCAAAUCUGCUGAACACGUCAAGUACUUUGAGCUUCAGCCUCACAGUGAGUUUGCCACUGUCAACUACUGCCCCUCUGAAUUGUGAUCAACAGUUGUCUACUGCUGUCACAAAUGCAGUACCGGUAGUGUCGAUGGCCAACAGUCAGUAUGCUACACUCCAGAACUGUAAUCUACUUACAAACUCUGGCCAAGAGACUGUAACUGAAACUGGUCUUGAUGCUUCUGACAGUGAAGACAAGCCCAGAAAUCCUAUUACGGAAGAAACACAUGAAUAUGGUAGCGGACAUGUGUCUGUACUUCAUCCCCCAGUAAAGGAAAACUACUUGGUAGUUCUAGAAGACAAAUCUAGCAACCACCUGACAAUGAUGGACUCUAAAUCCAAGUAUGUGAUAAAUGAUGUGGUUAACAAUGUCUGCAAAGAAUUAGAAACUGAGGAAAAGGAACUGGCAAAACUUCAAAAUGUUUCUAUGGAUGAAGAUCUAAGUGAUAUAUAACUGCCUACAUAUAUGCAGCUGGAUAUUGGAAAUGGGACAGUUUGAAAUUUUCCGUCCUCAUGUUUAGGUAACCAAAGACUGAAGUGUUUCUAUAAUCGUAUUUUAUCUACUUUAUAAUUUAAAGGAAAGAACUGUUAGGAGAUGACUGAGGUAGUCAAACAUUAUCUGUUACACUUUUUUUACUGGAAUCUUGAAUUCUUAGCCGUAAGUUGAUAUUUAUUUUUAACACUCCUGGUACAGUCAGUCAUAACACGUAAAUAAGGACUGGUUGGCAUUUUAAAGUUAUAUGUCUGUACUGAUGGGCUUCUGUAUCAAUUGCUUUAUAUGCAUGGUUUGAUAUCAAUGUACCAAUAGCAAAUGUAAAUGUUACAUUGUGAUAUUUUGGGUACACCGGUCACAAAUUGGCCCAGAGGCAUAUGACACAAAUUUAGUUUUAUUGCUUUUAAUAAACACUACCCAAAAACACACACACAAUAAUACUUUUCAAAUGUAACAAUUUAUCAAAAGAUUUUCCGACUUUGUGAAUGCAUACUUUCUGGACAGUGUUUUGUAUGACCAAUAGCUGACAAUCAAGAUGGAAUGUAUAGUCCAGGAUCAUUAGAAUUACCAUUGGAAUGUACAGUUUUUUUUUUGCUUUUAAAUAUCCUGAAGUCCAAGUACUGUGAAUAUGGCUGGAAGUGUGCCAUUCCCCUCCUGUCUCCUACCUGCACAAAAUACUAACUUAGGUGGAAUGUGGAAGAAAGUGAAUAUCUCAAAUUGGUACUACUCCACAAUAUUAUUAUAAGAUAGAGAAACUUUUUUUUGAUCUUACUGAUUUAGUUAGUUUAAUGAAGUGCUUUAAUCUUUCCCAGCAAUAACCUAGAGAGCUCCCGUGCAUUGAUUGAGUGCCUUGGCAUUUUAGCAGAACCAGAGAAACAAAGUUCAGUAUUCACCAAGACAAGCCAGGCCUGUGAGGUUCAACUUAAUGAAUACCUGUAUGGGCAGAAAUCUGACUCAGGUGGUGAAACUAAACCGAUAGCUUUGGAUCAGUCAGCUAUUAUCCACAGCUUUUGAUAUUCCAUUCCAUUGCAGUCAGUGGAAUUAAACAUUAAGCACUGCGUACAAUGGAUGGCCAAUCUGAUGCCACUCAUUCUGCAUCACUGCCCAAGAUUAAUUUCUACCCCGUAUCACGUUUUAAAGUAACAAAGUAUUGCUUCCAGCAUCUUGAAGUGCUGUGAAAAUCUGUUCCGUGACUAUGAUGCUCAGCUGCUACCAAAGUUCACUUUCUGCAGUCAGUUCCUACUAUCAUCAAAAUUUAUUAGAGGAUCCAUUUCAGCAUUAGCUGAUUUUUUAAAAAAAAAGAUAUAUAUAUUAGAAAUGAUUAAAAGUGUUUCUUUUUCUGGUUACGCUUUAUAUAUGUACCUACUAUGCAUGGGACUUAAAAUACAUUAUACACAUGCACAUUUGGGUUAUGAUUAAUCAAGCAUUUUAGAUCGUGUUUAUCAUCUGUUUGAGCUUUCAUGGUUUAUGAUAUCUUUUGCAUUCCAUAAUAAGUGACAAGCUUGAAGCAUGCUCCUGAAAGAAACUGUGGUGGUCAUUACAUCAGCAAGAUAAAUGCUGAUAUUACACGGCAUUAUAUCACUCCAGUUGUAAUUUUGCAUCUUUGACAUUGCCCGUUAUUGUUAUACUGCAAAGCAAAUAUGGCAAACAGUUAAAAAAAACUAAAUAUAUUAAAUAGAACCAUACUUUGGAUAUAUUCCAUGGUAGUAACAUCUUAAUUUUGAGAUGAUAAGAUGAUAAUGAAGAACUUGGGAUUUGUUCUUAAAUUUUAUGAUAUCCCUUCAAUUGUUAGAAAUGUUAUUACUUUGCAAACCUACCACAGACCCUGAAUGUAAUACAAGUUUGAUCUUUCUCAUCAAAGAAGCAUCUUAAUUUCAAUCAGAUUUCAUGAAGUAAACAACUUCCAUUUAGAAAUUUAUCAUGCAUGUUACUGAACUCCAGUGUAUCUUUUCUUUGUGCCAUUUACUGUGCACCCCUAUUAGUGUUAAGACAGUAUAAGGUCUGUUAGAAUGUGCUACAAAAUGUCUAUGUCACUGCACAUAAGAAACAUGUUUCUUAUAAAAAUUCAACUUGCCUUGAUCUAUUACUAUUAGUUUUCAAUGCAUAAUGUUUGAAGUGUUGAAACAGAUCCCCUUCCCCCAACAAUCCUUUUCCCCUUCUUUGGCUUGUGUGCCUUGCAGGAAUCUUCCAAAAGUGGAAACAAAUGCUGUGUUUUGUGAAAUGAAAAUUCGGUUACUCUUUUAUGUAUACAUCUUGCAUCUGCUUGUGCAAGUUUGCUGAUUAUCUUAAUGUGUCUUCCUGCAUUCAGUGCCUCUUAUGCUUUUAAUAUAUUUAAACACUGUGAGGCAUUCAAAAACCAGUCCAACCUACUGCAGUUUAAAAAAAAAAUCACCUUGGUCUUCUCCAAAUGAGAUUGAAGUGUAGCCAACUAUGAUCUUUUUCUGGUAUGUGAAAACCUGACUGUAUGCUGAGACAAUCCUUCAUAUUAUUUGGAUAAGAAGUACUUUUAUAUGAUCAUUAAAUUCCCCAAAUUGAAUUAGGUCGACAGGAGGCUUGAGUAAAAUCUUUAAUGAUUCUCACAAUUAAGUUUCUAUCAUGCAAAAAAAAUCAAAAGCUUUAUCAAAAUACUGGUGGAAACUACCACAGUUUUUUUUUCAACUGUUCCCUAAGGAGGGAGCUGAACAGUUAUUCAACAUGACAUUAUGCUAAUAUCAACUGUUUUAAUGUUGGGUUUGUGAGCUCUAAUAUUAACCUGACACAGCUGGAAAAUAAUGUGCCUGAUAUUCAUAAAAUCUUGGUUACCAUUUUUAUUUAAUUUCUUUGGAAUUGCUAAGCUUUGAUCUGUGCAAGGUCUAAGACAGUAAGUGGUGUGUUGUGAAUUUUCUAUGUUCGGUACUUCUAUUUUAAAUGUUUUAUGGAUAAAAUCUUUUUUGUUGAUUUCUAGAAAUGGUGUGUUGAGUAGUUAUAUUACACUGUUCCAUCUCCUUAUCUGACUGCACAAGAAUAUAUUUUCUGUCUCUGUAUCAAUAUGUUAGUAAGAAUUGUUUUAUAGCUUGCUCUAAAGGGGUUUUAAUAUAAAGGGAAGCUUUUAUUAGCCAGUGCAAGUUAUAUGCCUUGAUUAAAAUCUAUUUUACUGUACUUUUAGAUUUGGCAUGAAACUUUAUAAACAUUUUACAUUGAUUUUUGAAUGUGUCUGUAUACAUACUGUGUGAGGGAUAUGGGUAGCAAAACAUCUAUACUGCACUAACUUCUUGGUGAUGGUACAUUGAGCAUGUAUUAGAAUUUUGUGUUCACCCUUGGUAUACCAAAGAUAUUUUAAAUGCUAGAUUUAAAGUAUAAUCUGGUUUGUCUGUACUGUUACAUGACCUUUUGUUUUAUAUUCUGAAAUGAUCUGAGCUUAUUUUUCUAAACACUAUA